UGAAAAAUUCAUAAAACAAAUAUGGUAAUUAAAAAGAAAGAAAGAAAAAUGGAGAAACUCCCAUUGUUCUCGAGAAGCGGCGGCAGGGUUUAGCAUUUGAAUGCCCUAAAUCUUGAACGGAAGUCUGUUCAUCGUGGCUGGCUCUGGACAAUUUUUCGCCGCGUUCUCAGAUUAACCGAUGGCUUCCUCCGCCGCCAGGGCCAUUUUCCGAUCCUGCUCCGCCUCAGGUUUCAAGGCAACCUCUCGUCUGGCCACCGGAGCCAGAGCAGCCCCAGCUCGUUCACCAUUUCGCAUUUCGACUAAACCAAGUUUCUCUCAAUGUGCUGUAAGGAUUCCUGUGGAAAUGAGCUUCUGUGUGGAGUCGAUGCUUCCGUUCCAUUCGGCUACUUCUUCGGCAUUGAUGACUUCAAUGCUUUCUGUCUCUCCACGUAGUUAUGGUUGGCUUUCAGAAGUGCAGGAUGAAAAAGAGGGGGGAAUGUAGUGAAAGGGAGUGUAUAACUAUAUGGAAGAACCAAGGGGUUAGCUUUUAUAAUUCAUUCAUGAUUCAAUCACGAUUCACAAUUUCCUAAAACUGUUUGAAAUCUUAAAUAGAAAACUAUUUUGAAAACAAUUUUCCAAAUAGUCUCCGACUGAUUCAGCUCAAAUGUCCUCGUUGAACCAAUCCCAGUAUUUUGGGCCAAGUAUAUUUCCCAACUGCUUUCUUGCUCUUUUGGCUAGAUUGGGCAAAUAUCUUAUCUUGCCCUUUUUUUGCUACUUUUUUCAUAUCAACGAUGUUUAGCUUAUUGUCUUAAGAUAGCGAUUAAAUGCUGCAUUAUG